UCUGACACUAGUGCAUGAUUAAACACUCCCGGGUCAAAUUGGCCCACGGACAUUUUUGCUGUACCCUAGAAACGAACAUAACAGGAGGGUUAAACAUGCCAGCAUUGGAAAGAUAUUAUAAAUUAGUCAUACAAAAAAUUAACUCAUGACCCAUUUCAUAAGUAAAUCAUUAUGUAUACUUCUGCAAAUUAUACAGUGGUGGUCAGAAGGCCUGAUGGCGAAGGUGCAGUCAGACUGCCAGCCUGAAGAAGGCUGACACCACCAUCAGUGUGUGAAUGUAUUUGUGAAUGGGUGAAUGAUUGAAUGUAGUGUGAAACCCUUUGCGUCCUUUGCUCUAGAUAAAACGCUGUACAAGUACAGGACACUUGCCAUGUUGAACAAAAAGUUGUGUUUAAAUAAGCAAUUAAUAAAUACAGAAUGAAAUUACCCACUAAGGAAUUAUUAUUCUUUUCUGGUAGUUAACAGUUAACACUCCUUUAUAAAUGUAGUAAUGCAAAGACUAUACAUUGCAUGUCUGAGAACUUUUACACAGACAGACAUAAAUGUAUUUAUUAAUUACAGCACAACAAGUUAAAAUAUCACUAAAAAAAAGAGUUAAUUAUGUCAGCAAUUUUACAUAAAUAGUGAAACUCGUUUCAGAUAUAAAUCCAAUAAGAACAAUGCAUUUCAAGCACAUGUUUCUGGCUAUUUUUGAUUAAACCAGAUAAAUAUUUAUGUAUGUUUUAAAUUGUAUACUAUCCAAGUUUCCUCAAAUUCAUUAUAAGGUGAUGGCUAUGGGCAGUAACACUCUCCUGUUGCUCAUAUGAAUACUGAAGUCACUCUGCUGUUGUAUUACACAGUUAUAUGAAGAAGAUGCUCAGGAUUCUGUUAUGGUUUUUAUUUUAGAUCAUUUUCAGAUUGGCGACUCUGUUUCUCCCCGGACAUAAAUAACAGACGUGCUGUUCUUCUUCCUGUUUUGUUUUUCUUUCGCUCCCCAUCUGCUCGGUUCAAUAGAAAUGGAAGAAUCUGCAAGGCAGAUACACAACCACAGUCUACCCGUGAACAUACCACGUCUCUUUAAACCGGGCCGAACCGUGUAGACCCUACGGCAGAAGCAAAGACCCUUCCUCCGGUCCCGGUGUCCGAAACAUGGCACUCAGCUCGGGUAGCUGGGCUCUCCCAGCCCCGGUGCCUGCCUCGUCCCAGCAGCCUGCGUGCAGCGGCCCCAGCCCGGCUGCAUGCUGCAGCACUGUCCUGAUGUCAGUCCGCGUCUCGGUGUCCCACUCCGGGAUCAGACCCCUGUGCCUACCUGGAGCGGGCAGCGACUCUCUGCGCCUGCAGCUCAGCAUGGACCCGAACCUGGCCGGAGAGUUCCGCCUGGCACUGCGAGAUACGAGCGGAAACCGCAGUGUGUUCAUUGCAGAGUUUGACCUGCGCUCGGUGCAGUACGAGGUCAAAUCCUCUCGUUGCCAUGAGAUGCGUCUUGCUGCUUCACCUCACGACUGCAUCCGCUUCAACUUCCGCUGCGACCGCGAGGCCGAGGCCUGGUCCACCGUGGUGAUAUCGUCACUGAGAGAGGCGCACAGAGUGGCAAACAUAAACGCCUGUGAAUCGGACGGGAAACACGACUCCGAAGCAGCGGUGGAUCAGAGGAGCUCGACCUCUCUGACGCUCUGUGAGGAGCUGUGUUCGGAGCUCUCCAAAGUGAUCGAAGCAGGCGACAUUCAGGCUGCCUCCCAGCACGCGUCCGCACUGGCUCGACAAAAAGCGAUGCUGACGAUACAGCCGUCCCAGAAAAACUACACAGAUGGAGAAAUCAGUUUAUCCGUGGUGGUGGAAGAUGCCUCUUCUUCUUGUUGCGUCACAGUUAUAGUCUUUCCCUACAUGUCUGUAGCUACACUCAAACAACAGGUCUUUCUAGAGUAUGGUUUCCAUCCUCGUGUGCAGCGCUGGGUGAUCGGUCAGUGCCUGUGCUCUGAUCCGCGGUCACUGGCUUCCUACGGAGUUCAGAAAGACGGCGAUACAGCAUACCUGUACCUGAUCUCUGCCAGACAAGCUCGCAUUACACGGCAGCUGUUCCAGCAGGACCUGGAGAACUCCCUGACGGCUUCGGCGCUGCCCCCCGGAAGCAGCCUCACCUCCCAGGUCUGGAGGGGUUACAGCACACUGCCCUCAAAGCUUCCCCACAACAACCAGGCAGAAACAGGUGGAGGGAAUAACAAAGCAGGAGACAUCAAAGAUGUCCUUGAUUUGGAGAAGCUGCAGCUGAACGAUCACUCCAAGGCCAAUAAGAUGCAGCAGACGGAGUGGGCCUGUCCUUCGUGCACUUUCAUCAACAAGCCGUCUCGCCCGGGCUGCGAGAUCUGUGCCACCGCCAGACCCGACGUGCAGAGCUGCAUCCAGCAGGAGAAAGGACGGAGAGAGGAUCGCAGAGAGUCUGGUUUGAGCCGCAGCUGACUGCCUGUCAUCGCCGCCUGGAUUUCGUUUCUCGCUCACUUCCACACACACAUACACACGCCAAGAGUGAGCAGUUCAGAUCUGAAACACACCUGUUGGCAAAAUACUCACAGAGGGAGAACAAAGUGCAUUGAUCACCAUCUGACUGGAGCGAAUGCGGUGCCACUCAAUCCUCUGACAGAGAGUUUUGUCUAUUUAAAUAUGGACACCAUGACAUGACUGUGACAUACAUCUCAUUUGGCCAGACAUCUUCGCUAUUUGUUUUAGACGGGGUGUCUAUGUCUGUGUGUGUGUGUGUGUGUGUGUGUGUGUGUGGCGCAAGCAGCCUGAUAUUUAUUUUAGCAGAGAAAGGGAGUGAAGUUGUUUCUUUGCAUCCAAUUGCAGCCGAAAACGAGGGGACGUUGGGUGCAGCGUCCCCCAGAUGCGGAGAGGGCAGCCAUGAUGCUUUGUGCAGUGGCCUGGUAAUCUGUUAAUCUGUCACCUGCAGCGGGAAGACAGAUUAAUGCCAAAACACUGUUGGAAACGAGAGGCAAAAAGCAUGCGCCAUGUACAGGGUUGUAUUUAGUGUAAGAUUUUUACUAAAAUGCAUUAACAAUGUGAUGUAAAUUUCAAAUAGUGGUUUAAUUGUACUUGAUUUCCUCUGAGUUGUGAAAGCGAGGAAAGAUCCACUCUCAGUGCAUAAUCUAUAUAUAAAGGAAGGAAUCUGA